AUGGCUCACAUUGAUCCAUCUGCAUUAAUUCAAGCCUAUAUUCCGUUCAUAAAAUCAAGUGAAAGUUUUGACUCUGAAAGGCAGUCAGUAAUGGGACCAGCUACAAAAAAUUGCACCGUUCUAAAUUCGCCUACGUCUGGAAAAGAUGGUUGUGAAGAGGGAACCAAAGCAGUUGGGAAUCGUGCCAAUUCAGGAUCGACACUUGAAAACGCAUCUUUGUCUCCAUCAUCACAGUCGACAGGUUUACAUAUGAUUCAGACAAAUUAUCGAGAUAGUUCAUCAUCACCUCCUAUUCGAAGUGCAAAACGAUUGAAAUUGACUACAUCAUCAACAUCAUCAUCAUCACGUAGUUCAAGUGUAAGUGGCAUAAGCACAUCAUCCAUUCCUGUCAAUAUAAUAGUAGAUGCAAAACACAAAAUUAAUGGGAAGCAGCAGCACAAACAGUCUUCGAGCAGCUCUCCAACUUCAGAAGCUGCUGUGCAAGAUUCUUCCUCUGGUACAAAUAUUGUCUCUGGAAAACCCAACCCUUUAUCAGUUCGUAUGAACACGAACUCAAAUUUUACCAACAUCAAUGGUUAUGAUGAAGAGCCUUCGACUUCUAAAGCUGUGCCUCCUGAUUCGAAACUUUUACCAGCUAGUGGCUUAAAAAAGCGAAUGGACAUUGUCAGUAAACCUAUAUCAUCACCAUUAAAAAGUGGAUAUCAGAACGGAAAAUCUGAGCGGAAGCGUUUAUUGUCGGAAAACAAUGAACGAGAAGUUAGACCUCCAGAUAAUCGUAUUAUAUUUUAUGCAACAUGGGAAGGAAGCUGUGUCCUUAUUCUACUUAAUUUUGAUGUAAAUGAUUUCUAUAAACCAUGCUUAUUCUUUUGUGUCAACUGUAAGCAUCAGAAGAAUCCAGAUGGUCGUAAUGUUGGUGUUGGUGUGAAGAACUGUGUAACUUGCAGUUUUGCAAAGUUUGUAAGAUGUUCAAUGUCGAGCAAACAACCGUUUAAACCUAGUUGGAUAGGUUAUAUCCUAGAUGGUUAG